AUAAUUUUCAAUUUUUAUUCCAUCUUAUUUGUUAUCUAUCUUUUACUGUUAAAAAGAUGUCUUUAACACUCAAAAGAUGGUACUGAUGAUAAUAUCCUAUACUAUUUCUAUCUUUUUCUUAUCUCUCAUUUGUUCUAUCUAAACUUGCUCUGCAAAAUUGCUCUGCGCGCUCAAGAAACGGUUCCUGUAUGUAAUUAUAUUAUACUUUGUGUCUAAUUUUGAAAGUUAAUCUUGUUUAUCUUCCAAUUUAAAAAAAAAAUUCAAAAUAGAUUAAAAAUAUAUAUCUUAUAUUUCAUGUAUAAUAUUGUAUAGUAUUAUUUAUUAUUGGUAAAUAUAAUUUAAUACGUUUGAGGUUACGUUCUACAAGAAUAUUGAUUUGAAAUCAGCAAGUAAAAUUAUAACAAAAGUGCUGAAUAACAAUUGAAGAAAAUAUGGAAAAUCAAUCGGAAGAAAUGGUAAAAAACAAAUGUGAUUUGAAAUUUCAUGAAUUUAUGACAGAAAUUGGUGACUUGUCGAUUGUUUGUCAUAUGAUUAAAAUGGAAGAUUCUCUUUAUGUGUGGGUGGGUAAUUAUAAUGAUUAUGCUAUGAAUGAUUUAUCUUUUGCAAUUAAAUCACCGUAUGAAAAGGAACCACUUACAACAAAGAUAAUGGGAUCAAUUGUCAAUGAUUGUUCGAGUAAUCUUGCCAAAAGACUUUCAAAAAAACUUUCAAUGCCUGUUUACAUCAGCUUUAAUGUUCAGGUUAAUAAUUUUUCUUUACUUGUUAUUGAAAGAAGAAUACAAAAUGAACUUAAUUUACAUCCUGAGAUUGUUUUUUAAUUUAAUCAAUUAUGUUAUAUAAAUAAAUCUACAUUAAGCAUGAUAUUUUUAUAUAAAAUGUAAUUUCAAUUUCAAAAUAAUAUUUUGUAUUGCAACAUGUAAAAAAAUUUUUGUUUAUUUGUUUCAAGAAAUUUAAAAUAAAAUUAUUUUCUAUAAUAAUGUAAAUGUAUAAAUAUACAAAUGAUGAUGUAAAAAUAUACAAAAAAUAAAUAAAACAUGCGUAUAAUAAAAUAAUUACUUUAUUUAAAUUUUAACGUUAUUAGAAUGUUUAUAUUUCGAAUUUAUGUAAAAAAAAUUAAAUGAUGAUAUGAUUUUUAUUUUUUUUAAAAAUGUAUAGACAAUGUAAAUUCAUUUACUUUUCUUUUUUAAUUAAAUAGUAUUUUUAAUAUAAUAUUAAUGUAAUAUUUAAUUAUUAAUUAAUUAUUAUUUAAUUAUUAAUGUAAUAUUAUUUUUAAUAUAAAUAUUAAUUGAUCUUAUUUUGAUAUUUAUUAACCAACUUGUCAAUUUUAUAUAAUAUCUAGUUCAAGAAUAUUCUAGAGAUUUUUUGCGCAGUAAGUAUUGUAAUCCUUAAGAACUAACUUCAAUUCGUGCCGUCAAAAACACGUGGUUAUUUACUCAUUGAUUUCAACAUUUAUCCAGAAUUGCACAUGUGAUUUAAUUUUAUAUUUUCAAAGAUGUUUUUACAAAGUUUGACAACUUUUAUUAAGAGAAAGAAAAAUUAUGCCGAGAAACUUGCGUCUUUCGAGAUUGAUAGAGAACCAAAUAAAGAUGAGUACAAAAGAAUUUUAGAUAUUUUGUGUGAGUUCUUAAUGAAUCCAAGAUCUACGGAAGAUGUUGCUGAAUGUUUUCCACAAUUAUUACCUAUAUUAAUCUCUACAAGUAUCUCAAUGGAAAAAAUUUCUUUUGAUGAUGGAGAUUCACUUCAUAAAUUAAAUUCUGUCAUUUUGGGAAAAUUACUUUGCAAAAAUCAAGAUCUGUUAAUAUUUGUUCUACAUUAUUUUGAGUUAAAUCCAGCUCCAUUUGAAUCUAUAGAAGUUGAUUAUAGUCCAUCUUCAAAGCGACGUAAUAAACGAAAAAUAAUAUCUUUUAUAGAAGUAUCUGAUUAUGAUUUAGUAACUGCCUGUUAUGAUAUUCUAUGUAAUGCUUCAAUGCAUUUUAAAUACAUAUGGAAUUGGUCUAAAUUUUAUAAAUAUUUAAUUCAUGAAGAUGAAAGUGUUAGAUGGAUAGCGAUAAAUUGCAUUGCUGUUGUGUUAGGAAUGUCAGAAUCUUGCUAUUUAUCUUGUACAAAUGAUUUUCUUUCAAAAAUUCAACAAUUCUUUAUUGAAAGUAAAGAAAUUAAUAAAAAUAAUAUAACAUUUGAAGAUACCAAAGAAAUAGAUCAAAUUUUUGAUGUACCUUCAGUAGUAUCUAUUGGAGGAAUAUUACUUCCAGUAUUUAAAAAAUCUAAAUGUAAAAAUGAUUUGAAUCUUGUUCCUGUACCAUCUACACGACAAAAUUUGCAAAACUUGGCUUUUGCAAUAUCUUCAAAUAAUUGUGUAUGUUUACAAGGUGCAGUUGGUUCAGGAAAAACUGCAUUAGUAGAAUUUUUAGCACAUGCUACUGGCCAUGAUGCACAAAAUUUUGCAAAAGUACAAUUAGGUGAUCAAACAGAUUCUAAAAUGCUAUUGGGAAUGUAUAGAUGUACUGAUAUUCCUGGAGAAUUUUUAUGGCAACCAGGGAUAUUGACUGAAGCUGUAUUAUCUGGCAAAUGGCUACUUUUGGAAGAUAUUGAUUGUGCUGCUUCAGAUGUUCUUAGUGUAAUCGGACAACUUGUAGAAACUAAAACAUUAUCAGUUCCUGGUUAUAGAGAUUUAAUACACAUAAAAAGUGGAUUUCAAUUGUUUGUUACAAGAAGAUUGAUUUCUGGAGGAACACAAAAAUCACUUCAAAUGCCAAUACAAAAAGAAUGGUCUUGUGUUAAUGUAGAAUCUUUAUCAAAAAAGGAACUUGUAAUAAUAGUUCAAACUUUAUUUCCAGUGUUGCAUACAGUAGCUACAAGAAUUGUUGAUGUAUUUUUAUUAUUUUCUGUUGGAAAUCAUGAAGAUGAAAUUGAAAUGAAUAAUAUGAAGAAUUCUAGACAAAUCUCUACUAGGGAUUUGAUUAAGUGGUGUUCUAGAGCUAUUAUUGAUUUUGAUGUAUCUUCACCUAGUUCGGCAUUGAAGAUCUUCCAAGAUUCUUUAGAUGUUUUUUGUUGUUCUAUAUCAAAUUCUGUACAACGUUUAAAUUUGGCAAUAGCAGUAGCACAUAAAUUAGGUAUUGUAAAAACAAAAGCUGAAUUUUUUGCUGAAAUACAUAAACCAUCUGUAAGUGUUCACAAAAAAUGUCUCAUUGUUGGUAGAGCAAAAUUAGAAAUAAAAAAAUCUGACAAGGUUAAAUUAGAAUCAAAAAAUUCAAAUUUUUCUUAUACAAGACCAUCUGUUUGUCUUUUAGAACGAAUAGCUAGUUGUAUCAUUCAAAAAGAGCCAGUUCUUUUAGUUGGAGAGACUGGAACAGGCAAAACAAGUUGUGUACAAUAUCUUGCGCAAAUAACAGGCCAUAAAUUAAUAGUAAUAAAUAUGAAUCAACAAAGUGAAAGUACAGAUUUACUUGGUGGUUAUAAACCAGUAGAUCUUAAACUUUUGAUCCUUCCAAUUCGUGAAGAAUUUGAAAUUUUAUUUCGAUCAUAUUUUGCAAUUGAACCAAAUCUAAAAUUUUUGAAUCAUAUUGGAUAUUGCUUUGAAGAAAGAAAAUGGAAGACAUUGACUACUUUAAUGAUUCAUAGCACUAAUGCUGCUUUGAGAAGAUUGAGAGCAUCUAUGAAAAAUCAAGAUGAAGUAGAAAUUUUAAAAAAAUGGGAAAAAGUAGCACAAAAAUUAGAAAAACUUCAAUCUCAAGUGCAAAGUCAAUAUUCCUUAGCAUUUUCUUUCGUAGAAGGUAGUUUAAUAAAAGCAUUAAAGAAUGGAGAUUGGGUUUUAUUAGAUGAAAUUAAUUUGGCUACUGCAGAAACAUUGGAAUGUCUUUCUGGUUUAUUGGAAGGAUCUUGUGGAUCUCUAUCUUUAUUAGAGCGUGGAGAUAAAGAACCUAUAAAAAGACAUAAAGAUUUUGCGAUAUUUGCUUGUAUGAAUCCUGCAACAGAUGUUGGUAAAAAAGAUUUGCCAGUAGGAUUGAGAAAUAGAUUUACAGAAUUUUUUGUUGAUGAACUUACAGAGAAGUCAGAUUUACAACUUUUAAUAAGUUCAUAUUUGAAUGAUUUAAAUCUUCCAUCAGGAAAAAUUGAAAGCAUUGUCAAAUUUUACUUAAAUGUCAGAAAAGAAGCAGAAACUACUCUUCUUGAUGGAACUGGACAUAAACCACAUUAUAGUUUGAGAACUUUGUGUCGUGCUUUAAAUGUAUCUGCACAAAAUCCUUGUGCAAAUGCACUGAGAUCUUUAUAUGAGGCAUUUUGUUUAAGUUUUCUAACACAAUUAGAUAGUAAUUCUUAUCCAAUAGUACAUAAAAUGAUAGUAAAAGCUAUCUUAGGGGAUAAAAAUGCGAGUGCUAUUAUUGGAAUUCCAAUUCCAAGACCACAUGGUUUUGCUGAUAAUUUUAUCUGCUUUGAAGGCUAUUGGAUUCCUAAAGGUGAUCUUGAUCCACAAAUUCCAGAAAAUUAUAUUCUUACAGAAACGGUCAAACAAAAUUUGAAAGAUUUGGUACGAGUAGUAUCAAUAGGUAAAAUACCUGUACUAUUGCAAGGUGACACUUCUGUUGGAAAAACUAGUUUGAUUACAUAUUUGGCAAAAGCUUCUGGACAUGUCUGUGUUAGAAUCAAUAAUCAUGAACACACUGAUUUGCAAGAAUAUGUUGGUACUUAUAUAGCUGAUUCUACUGGAAAAUUGGUCUUCAAAGAGGGUAUUCUAGUAGAUGCUAUGCGAAAAGGAUAUUGGAUAAUUUUGGAUGAAUUAAAUUUAGCACCUAGCGAUGUUUUAGAAGCUUUGAACCGAGUUCUUGAUGAUAAUAGAGAAUUGUUUAUUCCUGAAACUCAACAAGUUGUAAAAGCACAUAAUAAUUUCAUGUUAUUUGCUACUCAAAAUCCUCCAGGUUUAUAUGGUGGAAGAAAAAUGUUAUCACGUGCAUUUCGAAAUAGAUUUGUUGAGUUACAUUUUGAUGAAAUUCCAUCUAAAGAACUUCAAGUAAUUUUGCAUAAAAGAUGUAAGAUGCCAGAAACAUAUUGUAAACAAGUAAUCAAUGUAAUGACAGAACUUCAAAUACGAAGAAAGAGUACUGCAACUUUUGCUGGAAAAAAGGGUUUUAUAACUCUUAGAGAUUUGUUUCGUUGGGCUGAAAGAUAUCAUCUCGCACCCGAUACUGGAGGCACUUUGUAUGAUUGGAGUCAACAUUUAGCUGAUGAAGGAUAUUUAGUUCUUUCUUCAAAAGUUCGUCAUCCUGACGAAUGUUUAGAAAUCAUACAAGUGUUAAAGAAACAUUUAAGAAGAGAUGUUGAUCCAGAUGCUCUAUUUUCACUUUCCGAAAAAACUUCUACUGUUACUAAGCCAAUUUUGGAAUCUCUUUUGUCAAAAAAGAUCCCAGGAUUUGAACAUUUAGUUUGGACAUAUCAAAUGCGUAAAAUGGCAGUACUUCUUUCAAAAGCCUGUGAUUUCAAAGAGCCAGUUCUUCUAAUUGGUGAAACAGGGGGUGGUAAAACUACUGUUUGUCAACUAUUAUCUGUAAUUAAACAACAGGAACUUAGUAUUGUCAAUUGUCAUAUGCAUACAGAAGCUUCAGAUUUUCUUGGAAGUCUUCGUCCAGUUAGAGAACAUGGAGAAAAUCAGAAAUUGUUUGAAUGGGUUGAUGGUCCUUUAGUAAAAUCUAUGAAAAAUGGAGGCUUUUUUUUGAUAGAUGAAAUUUCUUUAGCAGAUGAUAGUGUACUUGAGCGAUUGAAUUCUCUUUUAGAACCUGAACGUAAACUUUUAAUUGCUGAAAAACCGUCGUCCGAAGAAAAUGCAACAGUUACUGCUCAUGAAAAUUUUAUUUUUGUUGGUACGAUGAAUCCUGGCGGUGAUUACGGUAAAAAAGAACUUUCACCAGCCCUUAGAAAUAGAUUUACGGAAAUUUGGUGCGAAGGUUGUGUUUCAAUGGAUGAUCUUAAAUGUAUUAUAGAACAUAAUUUACAUAAGGAAUUCAAGAAAAGUGUUUCUACAGCGAUAAUAGAAUUUAUUAAAUGGUUACAAUCUAUGGAAAUAGGAAAGAAACUUAUUGUUAGUGUCAGAGAUAUACUUACAUGGGUCAAUUUUGUUAAUUGUUGUGAAAAUUUAAAAAUAGGAGAUGCCUUCUUCCAUGGUGCAGCUUUAAGUUAUAUUGAUGGAUUUGGAUCUGGUUUGACCGCUGCAGAAAAUUCAAGAAAAUUAAAAGAUUUUAAGGAUUCAGCAUUGAAAUUUAUUGAACAGCAAAUACAAAGUACAUUAAAAUCUGAAUUAAUAUUAAAUUAUAAGGAAUUUGAUAUUGAAUAUCAUAAAGAUAAAUUUGGAAUUCAUCCAUUUUAUGUGAAGAAGGGAAAUGAAGAAAUUCCAAAUAAUAUACAAUUUGCUUUUUCAAGUCCAACAACAAAAAUGAAUACUCUAAAAGUUUUACGUGCUUUACAAUUAAAGAAACCAAUCUUAUUGGAAGGUAGUCCAGGAGUUGGAAAAACUAGUUUAGUUUCUGCACUUGCUAGAGCAUCUGGACAUCAUCUUCUUAGACUAAAUCUAAGUGAUCAAACAGAUAUUUCGGAUUUGUUUGGAGCUGAUUUACCAGUGGAAGGAGGAAAGCCUGGUGAAUUUUCAUGGAGGGAUGGUCCCUUUUUAAGAGCUCUCAAAAAUGGAGAUUGGAUUCUUCUGGAUGAAUUAAAUCUUGCAUCCCAAUCAGUUCUCGAAGGAUUAAAUGCCUGUCUUGAUCAUCGUGGUGAAAUUUAUAUUCCAGAAUUAGGAAUGACUUUUAUUGUGAAGUCAGGAACUCGAUUAUUCGGCUGUCAAAAUCCUCUUCGUCAAGGAGGAGCUAGAAGAGGUCUUCCAAAGUCAUUUUUGAACCGUUUUACACAAGUUUUUAUAGAUGCUCUCGAACAGAGCGAUUUAAAGUUCAUUCUAAAUGUUCAAUUUCCGGAGUUAUCAGAAGAUUUACUCGAUAAAAUGAUACAAUUUAAUGAAGAAUUAAGCUCUCAGAUUGGAAUUACUUGGGGCCAUUCAGGAUCACCUUGGGAAAUGAACCUUAGAGAUGUUACCAGAUGGUGUGAAAUAAUGAUGGCAAGUUUUAAAUUGAGUAAAGAAAAAAUAUUCAAUCCUGGAAAUGGUGCUCAGUUAAUUUAUAUAAAUAGAAUGAGAACAAAUGAAGAUAAAAAAAAGAUAAUCGACAUAUAUAACAGGAUAUUUUCGCAGAAUGAUUGGCAUUUGCCAGAUCUAGAAUUUCCAAUUUACUUGACGAAAGAGAAGAUUUUUUUGGGAGAUGAAAUAUUGGAUCGUAACGAUUCUGCGAUUUAUGAAAACAAUGAUUUAUUACUUCUAAGGGAGCAAAAAAUUAUUCUUAAAGGACUUGCACAAUGUGUUAACAUGAAUUGGAUGUCUAUUCUCGUUGGAGGAUCUGGAACCGGGAAAAGCAGUCUCGUUCAUCUUCUCGCAAACUUGACCGGACGGAAGCUUAAAUCGCUUGUCGUAAAUUCUGCAAUGGACACCACGGAAAUUUUGGGUGGCUUCGAGCAGACCGAUUACGAUCGACACUUGGAGGAAUUGUUGGAGCGAGUGGAGGGGCUGUUGAUCGGGAUCCUGAGGAAGAAUUUGAGGAAGGAAAAUUUGGAUCAGGUGGCCCACUACCAUGCCCUCCUGGAGAACGUUCGACAUUUGUCCAAAGAUGGAAAUGGAGGGGAAACAAUGGAAACGACCAUGUCGUCCGAGACGAAGCUGUUCCUACGUAAAACCGAGGAAUUAUCGAGGCUCGUGUCCGCGAUGAAAAGGCUCGAGAUCCACCGCGAGUCGGAAUUACUCGAGAUCGAGAAAAAGCUGACCGAUCUAUCGAUCGCCGUGAACAAGGACAGAUGCCUGAACGCCGGUGGAAAAUUCGAGUGGGUGGACAGCGUGUUGGUGAAAUGCCUGAAGAACGGCACGUGGUUACUGCUGGACCAGGUGAAUCUCUGCAGCCCGGCAAUUUUGGAUCGAUUGAAUGGGUUGCUGGAACCGAACGGCGCGCUAACGAUCGGGGAGAAGGGUGUCGAUGAGAACGGGGACGUGUUCACGGUGAGACCUCACAAGGACUUUCGUCUGUUCCUCGCUAUGGAUCCACGCCACGGGGAGAUAUCCAGAGCUAUGCGAAACAGGGGCGUAGAAAUUAGCAUACCGACCCCUCAAAAUCACGGGCCCCUGGAUCGACUGGACGUGGUAUCUUUGUUGAACAACUGUGGGAUCUCGAACUGGGCCCAUCGUAAUUCGAUCCUGGAAAUUCAUCGAUCGUUGUACGAGAACCGAUACCGAUUGAACGAGAUGUUGCAAGUUGCUUCGUUUACCAGCCGACAGAUGUCGAAGGGAUUCUCAUUUGACAGAUCGUUGAGGAACUCGUGUCGCGAGCUUUGUGCCACAUUUGACGCGGGAUCGAGACACCAAGCUUGGGACAAGAUCGAGGGAAUUUUGUCCGAGGAUACCUGGGGGAACGGAGAACGAGUCCAUUUCCAUUACGAUCUCGACGCCCUCACGUUGAGAUUGCGCGAUCUUCGAACGAAUUCGAGGCUGGCGAUCAUCAAGCAGCAGGGAUUCCUUUUCAAGUCUGCCGUGGAGAAGCUCAGGGACGAUCCAGAAAAAAUCGAUCUCGGAGAUUUGUUCGAUGAACCACCCAUCACGGAUACAAAGGAGUUCUUGAAACACCUUCUACUCGACUUUUACGAACGUUCUUCCAUAGACGAUUUACCGAUCAGACGAUUAUGGAUCUCGAACAUUUUCUCGAAGAACGAGUUGGACGAGUUUGGAAGAGCGAACGAAUGUUUGGCCAAGAAAGUGGAGAACUCGAAACUUUUAUUCGAGUCCGGUUCGGACGUCCCAUUGUACUUGGUCGAACGUUCCACGCUCGCCAAUAAUUUGUCCAUUAAGCUCUACUUUCAAUUGAUGAUUCUCGAUAACCAGUCGGGGAGCAGGAACGUUGGAGACGAAGAUGUUAUUCGAUUGGAGGAAUAUUCGUCCGCUGUCUCUUCGGGAAGAUUGUCGACCAACUUGAGACACGAGACGUUGAUAUUGAAAUUCGCCGAGAUGACGGAACAGUGUCGAACUAUCGUGGACACGAUCCUGGAACACGGGGACUUACCGAUAGACGGUAAAACGUGUCUCGAGUUACGGGACGAGCUGAAAUGGUACAAAAGGUUCGCCGCUCAAGGAGCGACGAGAUUGGUGGACAGAUCGCGGGGCACGUUCUUCGAUCUGCGGGAAAUCACCUCCUCGUUGACGGUCCACUACAAAUGGUUGAUCAAGUCUCUCCGACGAUUGUUCGCCCUCCUCCCCCCCUCCUCCGACCCCCACCUCCUCCAACUAUUAUCCGACUUUUCCACCCGAUUUUUCCACCUCUACAAGGGAGGGGACAAGUAUCGAAAAUUGCGAAAGAAGGUGAAAGCUCUCCUCCCCUCCAUCCCUCCCCCCCAUCUCUCCCACGAACGAAUCUCCUUCCUCGAGAAACUGAGAUCCGCGUCGAGGAAGCUGGAGAUGAACGAGGAGGACUCGCUCGACCCGGCCAGGACGAGGUUGAAAAUCGCCUCGAUGCGGCAGAAUUUGACGGCGAGGGACAGAUUGACGAGGAUCUGGAUCGAGGAUUGGAAAAUGGACGGUCGUUGGGUCGGGGAUGAGGAGGUCCAUCGAGUGGGCGAGAGCAUAUUGGAAUUGAGGGACGAGACUUCCGCCAGAUGGAGGGAAGGUGUCGAGCUGUGCCCCGUCUACGAGUUCUUCUUCCUGCUUUUCGCGUACCGCUUUCAGCGAAGGUCGUGGGACGAGUAUUAUUCGGGGGAUUUCAAAGGGGGAAUUUGGAUGGAGGACGCGUUGAGGAUGUUCGAGGGGGUGGCGACGAUACCUGGACGGUUGAUCGGCUUGGUGGCAGCUCUGGGCGAGGAGAAGAGGGGGAGGAGGAUCCCUGGCCUGCUCCACGAGUUGUUCAACGGCCUCGAGGAUUUCACGGGGCGAUCCUUCUCCGCCGGGAAUUUGAACGUUUUUCUACGCUGUUUGAGGGAGAAGGAGGAGGAGGAGGAGGGCAGUGACGAUUUCCAGACGAGCCUCGUGAACAAAUCGACCCUUUGCCAUCUCCUCUACGAGCUCUUCUCCCCCGAUCGAGGAGAGGUCGCCACUUUCGAGAACCACGAGAGAAGAAAGAAAUUGCUGCUCACCGUUCGGGCCCUGCUAUGGAGAAACUCCUCCGCCCUCAACUCGCCCCAAUACGAGGUCUCCAGCAACGACUCCGCCCUCCUCCGAUCUCACAUAAACUACUACCUGUCCGCGGUGGACGAGGUCGUGGAAACGACCGAGCUGGCUCUGAACGAGGAGGAGACCGACGACCUGGCGAAUCGUCUCCUCUCCCCUGCGAACGCGUUACGAGGCAUCGAGCGGAGACUGGAGACGCGGAGCGACGCGGCCAGCAGGGGCAGAGGGUGGAUGUUGCUCGGCUGCGUGCAACUGUUCCUCUUCGCCGAUCUCGGGCCCAUCGAUCCGGUCCGGAAGGAAGCGCUGAGGUCGAGAUACCGCGGCGAGAACGCGGCCGAGCUUCAGCUCUCCGUCCUGAUCGAGCGCCUGCAAUCCGCCAUUCUGGGCGAGAAACGUUCCUCGACCAGGAGGGAUCGGUUGAACGAGACUCGUUUCGAGAACUCGGCCGACCACCCGGUCAGGCCCCCCUCCAGGCUGUUCUCCAGUCUGAGGGAGGAGGUGGAGAACUUCUCGAGCAACGUUGCCUCUUUUCGGUCCACGUUCGAACGAAUGGAGAGAUUGAACGAGCUCCACUCUGAGGGAGAGACAGGAGGGUCGAGGGAGAGACUGCACGAGGCGGAGAUCUGGAGGAGAUCCUUGGAGAGGUUCUCGGCGAAGUUGGAGAGGAACUUCCUCCCAGGUUUCCCGGACCUCGUCUCCCCCAUCCUCUCCGCCGUCUCCAGCCUCCGCCACGGCUUGUCCAUCUUGACCCACCACGCGCCUCGUCCCUCUACCAUCUCUCACGAGCUGCUGCGCUUCCCCGUGGCAGGCAGGUGCCAAGAAGACUACCUGAACCUGGUCAAGCUGUGCUCCUCGGAUCAAGUGACGGAUCCCGCCUCGAGGAUGGCCAAGAUCGCCCUGAUGGAGCUCGAGAAUUUGUCGCUGGCCGUCCGGAGCGGGGGAGAGACGGGUCCGUUGAUGGAGCAGCUGGUGAGGAUCCUGAACGGGAUCAGGAUCGCGUGGAGGGAGCGGGAGAAGCGGAGGGAGGAGGAGGAGAGCGAGAGGGAGAGCCUGUUCAGAAGCAAGGGAGGGAAAAGGGAGGAGGAGGAGGAGCAGGAGCAGGAGUUCAGAGACAUGUUCCCGGACCACGGAUCUGGGGACUUCCUCGACUUCAGGGAAGGAGUGGAGGAGAGCUCGAGUCGUGGGGAGGAGAGGAGAGUCCCUGGCGAGGAGGAGACAUCGUGGAGAGACGCGAGGAUCGUCCGCGAGAUUCACUCGAGCGUGCUGCGAAAUUGUUGUUCCGUGGCCGAGGAUCGAGGAUUCGAGCCCGACUUCCUCCGCCCUUUGGCUCAAAGGUACGAGUUGUUGGGGCGGGGGAUGAAAACGUGGCCGGAGGAUAUCUCCUCCCGAUUGCUGCCCGCUUUGAACGUCGUCUUGAUCUCGCGAUCCUCCUCCUCCCUUAAAAGGGGAGAGACGUACAACUUCUACAAGAAUCCCAACGUGGACGAGGUGGAACGUUGCCGGCCCCUCUUCGAGGGACUCCUAGCAAGGAUCGACGAGUUGGCCAGCGAAUGGCCCGAGAACCCGUUGCUGAACUCGAUCAGGACGAUAAUCGACAGGGUGUUCGGUUUCCCCAUCGACUCCCCGCUGUCCAGAUACCUGACAGGCGUGGAACUGCUGUUGGCCAAGAUGAAGCAGUGGGAGGAGAACGCGCGGCACGACGUCAGUUUGGCCGGGUUCAUCGAAUCUUUCGGCGGCGCGGUGCUACGUUGGAGGCGGCUCGAGUUCUCGAGAUGGAACGACACGUUGGAAUUGGUGGAGGACGAGUCGAGGGCCGACUCCUCGAAAUGGUGGUUCCACCUGUUCGACUUGACGGAUGAGUACGUGGCGAACGAGGACGGGUCGAGGAAGGGGAGGCUGGUCGAAAGUUUGCAGCGUUUCCUCACCGAGUCUCCUCUGAUCGAGUUCGAGGAUAGGCUAGACUUGAUCCGUCUCUUCCACCUGCACCACUCGCACGCCCGCCUCGGGAAGGAAGAGGAGCGGGAGAGGAGGAAGGAGUUGCAGGCCGUGUUGUGGAACGUUCACCUUUACUACGCCCGAUUCGCGGACGACGUUCGCGCCAGGAUAAAAGCUUCCAAGGAGCCUGUGGCGAGGAGGCUGAGAGACGCGAUCAAGAUCGCGAGAUGGAGCGACUCGAGUUACUGGUCGGUGAGGAGCACGGGCGAGAAAACGCGGAGGACGUUGCACAAAUUCGCUAGGGAGUACCGCAAGGCCUUGGCCGAGAACGUGGCCGCCCACUUGACCCUCAAGACCGAGGGAUCCUCCUCCAGGAGGGGGCUGCCGUGCCAGCCGUCCGAUUUCUUGGUCGACCCCGGCCAAGACUCGUGCUCGAUCGAAAUCGGGACGCGAAAAUUGGGGAGGUUGGGGGCCAAGGCUCGCCGAUACUGCGAACGAGUGAUCUCGAGCCACGAUUAUCCCCGAAUUCGAGGGGACAUCGAGGCGUUCAUCGUGGACUGCCUCGAGGAGAGCGAAGCCCUGAGGAUGGAGAAGAGCCGAUCGAACGCGCAACGGAAGAGGAUGGCGCUGGCCAAUUAUUUCAAAACGUUGGCGACUCGCCUCGGUGUCUCGUACAGGAUAGGAGCCCUCGCGUGGAAGAACCGAAGGGACGAGGUAGUGAACCUCGCGUGCGCUCCUCUGGAUCUGCGCGAGAUCAUCCGGGGGGACGAGUUGUUCCUGCAGGCGGGCAGGGAGGGGUUGGCAAGGGGACUGGCCGAGGAAUGGGCCGACUGCGACAGGUACUAUUACGGUUCCAUGGUCAAGUUGAACUUCCUCGACGGGAUACUGAGUAGUGGGCGGGGAGGGUUGGGCGCGAGGGACGCGGAGCGCUGCCUAGGCCUCUCCGCCCACCUGGCCCUCCUCGCCCAUCGCCAGAAGGGGACGAUCGCCAACCUCCUGGACGCGUUGCUGCCUUUCCAUCUCCAGGUGUCCAACCUUGCCUCGAUGACGAGAGUCCAAAUCCCUGAGGAGGCGACGAUGGAGAUUCCGAGGGGAAUAAUUCCCGCGCAGAGGGAAUUUCGCAACGCGGCCAACGAUUUCCAACGACUGUUGGAAGUGUUGCAGAUAUCCCUGAAACAGAUCGUCGUCUUUUUGGAGAGUUGUCCAACGACGGACGGAGGGUGUCUGGAGGGCGGGCUCGAUUUGAAGGAGGCGCGUGUGCCGAUGUUGAGCGACGGGAGCGUGGCGAGGAGCGCCGCUGCCUCGAUGAAGGAUUGUUUGGAGUCGAUAAGGAGGAUAGCGAGCGAGUCGAAUCGGUGGAUCUCGAUCGAGAGGAGGGUGGAACGGUCGGGUGGAGGGGCGUUGCUGUCCCAUCGGGGGCGCGUCGAAUUCUUGGAGGCGAGUUAUCGACGGAUCGAUCGAGUGAAGCGGGAACUGGCCGAGCUGGGGCGGGCGUUCACCGACGACCACCCGAUCGUCGAGAACGUGCGAUUCCUGAUCGGCAGGAUCGACGAGAGCAACGAGGUAUUUGGAUCGGCGCGGCAUCCGAGCGGGUCGAGGGAUUCGAGGGAGAAGGAGUACGAGGCGAAGUUGGACGCGUUGGUCACCCAGAUCCUCCUCGUCGUUCAGAAGAGGGUUCAGGAUUGUUGGAAAAUCGGCGAGCGGAUCGGAAACGAAGGAGAGGAAAGUCGAGGAGAGGAGAAUCUGAUGACCGAGAGGUUGGUGGAAUCGUUGGAGAAGAUCGUUCCGGAGCUGCGUUUGAACACGGUGUCACGAAUGCUCGGCGAAUUGUUGGAAAUUGUUCACGAAUCCGACGUCGAAUCUGCGAAUGAUCGUGUAAGAUCGCUUUUGCGCUAUCUACCUCUUCUCGAGCAAUACGCCCUCCUUCUCCGUUACUAUCUUUACGAGCAAGUGGCGUGCUUCCGUCUCACUUGCAAAUUCCUCUAUCUUCAACUGAACGUGUUCCUCGAGCUGGCGGCUAACGGUUUCUGCCAACCGAAGGACGAGGAGGAGGCUGAGCGCGGGGAGGAGGAGGGGAAGAACGUCGAAGGUGGGAUGGGAUUGGCCGAGGGCGAGGGGCGGGAGGACGUGUCCGAGAGAAUCGAGAGCGAGGAUCAGUUGGAGGGGGCGAGGGACCCGAACGAGGAGCGGAGGGGCGAGGAGGAAGGGAAGAAGGAUAUGAAGGAGGAGGAGAAGGGGAUAGAGAUGUCGGAAGAUUUCGAGGGGACGAUGCAGGAUAUGGAGGGGCGAAGGGACGAAGAGGAGGAGGAGAAGGAAGAGGAGGACGACGACAUCGAUAAGGAAAUGGGGGAGACCGAUGAAACUGCCGACAAGUUGGACGAAGAGAUUUGGAAGGACGAGGAGGAGGAGGAGCAGGAGGAGGAUAAAAGUAAGGAGAAUGAAAAGGAGGAGAGGGGGAGAGGUGAGAAAACUGGAAAAGAGGAAUUGAGCGCGAAGGACGAGGGUAAAGAUAGAGAUAGAGACGAGGAAACGGAGGGUGAAAGGGAGACGGAGGGGGAAGAGAAGAAAGAGAUCAACGAAUUCGAAGAGCCAGAGGUAAACGAGGAUCAGAUAGACCCGUAUCACGGAAAAAUUAGGCCGGAAAUAGAGCCGGAACCAUUCGAGCUUCCGGAGGAUGUUAAUCUAGACGAGGAAGGGAAGGAGGAUAAUCCUGAGGGCGAAGAGGAGGAAGAUCCCUUCGACAUCGAUCAGAUGAAAGAGUCGAAAAUUUCAGAAGAAAUGGAUAAGGAGACCGAAGAGAGAGAAGACUCUGAGGAAGAUAAACGAAAGGAGUCUGAUGAUGAGGAGGAGGAGGAGAUGGAGGAAGAAGAUUCAAACGGUGACAAAAGAAAAGAGGAGAAAGUUGAGAAAGAUGAGAGAAGGGAGAACCUCGAGGAUGAGAAGCAGGAUGAGAAGGAAGAAGAGAACGUGGAAGAAGAGAAUGCGGAGGAAGAUACGGCGCCGGCGAGUUUCGACGCGGGUAGCAAAGAGGUGGACGCCUCUCAGGAAGUUGAAUCGAAGAAAGAUGGCUCGAGGGAUGCGGUGGAAAGUCAAUCGGAGGAGCAAAUGGAAAUAAAUCCCACGGAAAAUAGCAUGGAGAGUAAAAAGGAUAAAGGAACGGGACAAUCGCAAACGGAAGAACGAGAGGGACAUUCUGGAUCUAAGCAGGAGGAGAAUGUCCCUAUUUCGGGCGAAGAGGUAUCUUUGAAACCUGCACCGAAACGAAGAAGGCCAGGCCAGAGUGAUGAAAAACGUAGCUUACCCGAUGACGAUGCCCGAUCUUCAGCAAAGAAAUUAAAAACCGCCGAGAUACAUGAUCGAGACACCGAGGAGGAAAGUGAGAAGAAUAAAGGCGGCGGCGAAAGCGAGACUUACGAACAUAUCAAAAGUUCAGAGAAACACGACGAUUACGCUUUUGAUGCCGCGACCGAGGAACAAAUUAAGAAACAGGCAUCCAACUUGGAAGAUAAAGAGGAUAAAAUGGACGAUCAGUUGGAAGAUGACGACGUUAAAAUGCACGAGGAUCCAGAACCGAACGAUCGAGAGGAAGAAACGAAGAAGGAACAAUCUCAGAAAUUGUCUGAAAGUAAGAAGGAAAAAUCGGCGAACACAAGAGGCGAAAGAACGGACGACGCGGAGCAGCAAAUCGAGAUAGGGGGUGACGUUGAAGGGGAAAACGUGGAAACGAUUCGUGUUUUACGAGGGAAUGAAUCUACCAUUCAUACGAAAUUAUCGGAGACAGAGUUGCACGACGUUUCCACGGAUGAUAUUGCACGGAAGAGGUCCGAGAUAGAAAGUAUGUUGGGCCAAUGGUCUCAUGGGCCGUCUUCGAUAGAGGCGGCGAAUGCUUGGAAUUCUAUAAGCGCCAUAACCGAAUCAGCUGCCAGGGAAUUGUCGGAAAAAUUACGUUUGGUGUUGGAACCGACGUUAACUUCUCGAUUGAAAGGCGAUUACAGGACUGGCAAGCGUAUAAACAUGAGAAAAGUGAUCCCGUAUAUAGCCAGUGAAUUUCGUAAAGACAAAAUUUGGUUGAGGCGUACGAAACCGUCGAAAAGAGAUUAUCAGAUCGUGUUGGCCAUCGAUGAUUCGAGCAGUAUGGCCGACAACCACUCGAAGGAAUUGGCAUUUGAAUCGCUCUCGUUGAUUGGCAAAGCUAUGACUUAUUUAGAGGUUGGCCAACUCGCUGUUGUCAAUUUCGGGGAACGCGUGAACAUACUUCAUCCUUUCGGGGAAAACUUUACAGAGGAAAGUGGCGCUAGGUUGAUUCAAGAAAUGAAAUUUGAACAGAAAAAGACAAUGAUCGGUCAGUUGCUCGAUUUCACGAUAAAAAUGUUCGCAUCUCAAAGCAGUUCUUCUGACAAUGCCAAAUUAGUUACUAUUUUAUCGGAUGGUAGAGGAAUAUUCUCCGAAGGUAUAGAAACGGUGACUACAGCAGUGAGAAAAGCUAAAUUGUUGAAUAUAUUUCUCGUCUUUAUAAUAGUCGAUAAUCCUCUCAACAAGGAUUCAAUACUUGAUAUUAGGAUGCCAGUUUUUGAUGGUGGUAAAUUAUUAGGUAUACGUUCCUACAUGGAUAACUUUCCAUUUCCAUUUUAUAUUAUUCUUAGAGAUUUGAAUAGCUUGCCUGUUGUGUUGAGUGAUGCAUUACGACAAUGGUUUGAAAUUGUAGGUAGAAUUGAUACUUAAAAACAAUAACAUUUCGAUAUAAAUAGAUUCCUUUUUUUUUUAUGUUUUGCACUUGACUCGAAAUAUAAUAUAUUUCUUUAUUAAUCUUUUUUUAAUUCUUUUUUAUGUAAAAAUCAUAUUAAAUAUAUUAAAAAAUAAAUUAAAUUGUUUUACUUAUCUGAAAA